AUGUUUAUUUUGAUUGUUCGUUUAUCCCCUUCAAUUGUUCCUCCUCCACCGGUCUCGGUCACUCUUAUGGUGUCUGAGUUUUACCCAAAACGAUCAAAGCAGAAAACUAUGGUGACUUUUAUGAGAGCAUCGUUCAAAGAUUUGCUUAAAAAAAAACAAAUUUUGUCAGUGUUUCUAAUAAACCUUGAACCUCUAAUGAGUUUCAAAAUUAAAAAAAAUCAUUUACAAAGAGCUAAAAGUUCAGUGAUUAAAUCGCUGUUAUUAAAAUAUAUUAAUUUGUGUGAGUGUGAAGAAGUGUUUCCUUCCAACAAUAGACAAGAUCUUACGAUCGCAAUGGUCAUAUCAAUCAAAUUUGCUUUCGAAAAUGACCAAUUCUGUCACAGUAUUGGUAUUUAG